AUGGAUCAUCCCGUGGUAGUCAAAGAGCCUGGUGGCAAGUAUUCUCCUGAUUUAUUGAAAGCUUGUGAAGAUCACUUCAGUAGAAUUUACCCAGACUAUGUUAACGCUAUAGAUCAUGAAACUGUCAUGUGUCCACCGGCAUUUCCUUUCGAAUACAUCGCUCCAACGGGAGAGGCUUCAGGAGCAAUUCCCCUUUCUGAAAUCGAGAAAGUGAAUAUUGACGGAGAUAGCGCCGAACUCGAAUUGUUCUACGUUUUGGAAAAGUUUGGGAAUGAAACUAACCAACCGAUGUUCGUUGUACCGAAAGUAAAAGUUGCGAAGUUCAUCACAAAUGUUAUUCGCCAAAAGGUGCCGCUUGAUCGUCAGGCUAAUCUGGGGAAAGUAAACUUUAAGGACGCCGAAAUCGACUUCGCGAUUGUGCAUCAUCACAUUGGUGUCAUUCUCAUCGAAGUGAAAUCAACAAGAAAGUUUUCUAAGUCACUUCAAGGGAAAGCACGAAAACAGCUUCAAACUAGUGAGCAAAUAAUUCGGGCCCUUUUGCAUGUUGAUCAUAGUGAGGAAAUUUCUAUUCCUGUCUAUAAGGUAAUUGCCAUGCCAAACGUAAGCGAACCUGGUCGAGGAAAUCAGCAGUGUAUCAGUCUUCGAGGAAUUGAUAUUCUCUCGAAAAGCAGUUUCACAAGCUGGUGGCAAAGUAACUUUGUUUCAAUGGAAUUUGUCAGCGACGAAAAGCAACAACUUCAAAAGCUAAUAGCCAUUUUGGUUGGCCAGAAUUGCAAUGUCAGCUCCAAAACGCUGUCGGAUGUUCAUGAGAAGAUUGACAAGCAGAGUUUUCUCCGAAAGAGCCAUGAAAAGUAUGCUAAGCAGGGUGGGAUCGGGCCGGAAUUGGUCGUGAAAAGUGCUGAUCAACCGGGGCAGAAUAUCCUAACAGCAAAAUUUUUGUUUCUGAACCUCGAGCAGUUGCGCAUCUGGAAUGGACCACGGAAACAGUUCUUCAACGGUUCAUCUGGCUGUGGAAAAACAAUUCUGCUUCAGUUCAAAGCUUUAGAAUGCGCUAAAAAGAAAAAAGAAAAGGUGAUUAUCGUGGCACCCUCUUCACUGACUAAUCUUUACAGAGAGUUUUUCGAGGACAAUAUGGACGACAACAUUUCCAGUAGAGUGACUGUUUGUUCCCCUCCUGAGUUUUCCGAGCUUCUCCAAAGAAGAGAUCUCGAAGCAGAGUUUCACUUCUUUGUUGAUGAAAUGCAGACCUUCGAAGCCGAAAUUCCAGACACGAUAAAACUGUUGGAGAAACUUCUGGCCCAAAUCACAGAUCGAGAUUGUUAUUUUUGGGUUGCUUAUGAUUACAUGCAAAGGAAUGAAGGCGUUGUUUCUCAGGAUGUAACAGGAGGGCUGUCCAGCGCAGCAGAAAUUCAGAAUAAAGCGCGGGAGCUCUGCAAAAAGUUCAACGUUUUUCACCCUCCUUGCUUGAAAACGGUAAUGCGAUCUACCUUUGAGGUUUACAACUUUGUUCAAGCGUUCGCAAAGAAGUCCCUUCUCGGAUUAUCACAGAGAUUAAACCAACCUCAAUUUGAUCGUUUUGAACAAAAAACAAAGGAACUAUUCGUUUCUUUUGCUGAAAGAUACGAUGUCUCAAACUAUCUUGGCCAUCACGUUUGUGGACCAUCUGUUUCAGUGUUUGAGAACUCUGAUUUUAAUUUCAUUGCAAAUGUCAUAGAGGACGAAGUCAAAAGGUGGACAGAAAGUGACUUUCUACAUCAGGUCGCUGUUCUUUUCACUUCAUCCUUCCCCAGAGAAGACUUGUCUCGUCUAAUGACACAAAAGGGGAUUCCAGUUUGUGAUGUAAACAACAGUAACAGAAAUGCGGUAGUAUUGGAUUUUGGACACAACGCUCAUUCAUACGAAUGGCGAGUGGUAGUGGCAAUUUCCUGGCUCAAUGAUGAACUUGCCAGUAAUUACCUCAUGUUUACAAGGGCAGUAUCGCGACUAGUGGUGGUAACCACAGACGAGAAGAUGUUUCCUCAUAAUCACCUCGGCAAGCUUCCAGACUGAGUAAUGU